UAUGUAGGUCAGAGUCCAAGUCGUACAGCCGGAGCGGAGGGUUUGCUGUCCAUAUCACUCCAGCUAUACAUUCCUUCACAGACAUGGCAGUGUUCACGGACAUCAACAGAGAUAAAUACGGACAUGUUCGGGGUCGGUGUAAGGACUGCCCCGAGGAGUGUCCACAGUAUUCCCAGCCUGUCCUCAGACACAACUGUACGUAUUGCGGGUGUCCGGCAGGUCAGCAUGAGAGGGUGGAACCUCGACCGGAACUCAUCAUCAAGACAGAACCAGAGGAGGAGAAGGAACGAUCUCGGGGACGGAGAGGUGGCAGACUAACACUGGGCCCAUCCAGAAGACCAGAUGGCCUGACCACGGUCCCACCCCAGCCAGGUCCCUCCAGGCGAAAUGAGUCACCAAAUGACUCUACCACACACCGGAAUCAAUCGCAAACAGUAAUCCAGAAAGGUUGUCAGACGUUAUUUGAGAAUGAUGGUGUCGAAUAUUCUCAACUUGAAAGACACCUCAGCAGAACAGACCAUGGCGUGUUCACAAUCCUGUGGAAGGGGAAAAUAAUUUAUGUUGGAGAGCCAAAGAAGACGCCCUUAUUAUCGAACCUUCGCAGCAUAUUUACUGGUGGAAGCAGUCAAGACAUCAGCAGAUGUGUGAAAGGUUUACCCAGGAAUUUGGUACAGGAGCACGUCAGAGUCGCGUGGCUCAAACACGUGGAUGACGACCCUCACCUUAAAACUUGUAGAGAAGGCAAGAAAAGGAUGUCAUAUCGACAGUGUCUGUCAAAUCUACAGGCGAGGAACCCAAGGGAUGUACUGAAAGGUUUAAUGAGAAAACUCGCUAUCAAUCCUUAGAAUAUAAUUGUUUUAACUGACACAGAAGUUUAAAAGAGUUACAUAUCAUUGAUGUCAUGCAAAAAUGGGAUGAAACAAACCAACAUCUCAACAUAUCUUGUUAAUAGAACACUCACAUUGCUUAGCAAAUUAAGAAUGACUGUUUCUUUGAUAUAUUUAAAAAUAUUCUUUCCAAUAACCAUUCCGUUAAAUAUUAACAGACUUAAAACAAUGUAUUCAAAUAUUCAGAUUUUAUGAUGUUAGAUUAAUAAGUACUGGUUUUUACGCUUAUCUGUUUAUUGCAAGUGUAUUAUGUGUUUUCCCAGGAAUAGAUACUUGUGAAUUAAAUUAGUAACUGUCAGGAAUUCAAAGCCUGGUUGGCAUCCCGACCACUGAGAAACUGUGCAGAUAUACUAGCCACAUAAAGAAACUGUGCAUUGUCAAAAUAUUAUCCCAGUUGAUAAGUACGAUAACAAUGUCAAAGGUACAUAUAAACUUU